UACUUCUCGCACGCCUACAACUCGCCGCCGCCGCCCAUCCACACGUCGGACCCGACCGCCAAUGACUGCAAGCUGGUUGAAUAUCGCGGCCAAAAGGUGGCGGCCUUCAUCAUCAACAACGAGACGAUGCUGUGCCUCCCGCAGGCGUUCGAACUGUUCCUGAAGAACCUGGUGGGCGGCCUGCACACGGUCUACACCAAGCUCAAGCGGCUGGGCAUCGAGCCCCUGGUGUGCAACGUGGAGCAAGUGCGUGUGCUGCGAGGCCUGGGCGCCAUCCAGCCCGGCGUCAACAGGUGCAAGCUGCUCUCCAUCAAGCACUUCGACGUUCUCUACAAGGACUGCACCACCGCCAGGUCCGGCUCCAGAGCUCCUAACGUACUGGGGCCACCCCCUACACAAGGGAGGGGCCCGCCCCCACUUCCCUACGUGUUGAUGCCUCCACCCCUCCCCCCUCGGACACGGAGGGCUGCCCCCGCCCCACCUCUCCCCCGAGGCCCUCAUGGCGCUCAAGAAGACGCGCAUGGACCCCAGGGACUUCCCGCCCUUCAUGAACGGCGGCGUGCAUGACAAUGAGAUGGAGAAAUCGCCGCUCCUGUCGAACGGAUACAACCCGCCCCCCAAGGGUCUGAUGGCCCAGUACAUGGCCCUGAAUGGCGGGAUGCCCCACCCCGCCCUGCUGGCACACACGGGGAUACGCGAGGACCGCAGCCGCGAGGACCGAGUGCUGGGCCUCGACCGCGACGAGCCCGGCGACCGUCCGACGUCUCCGCACAAGACCAAUGGGUACGGGGAGAGUGACGUCCUCAACCUGAGCAGCAAGAGCGACUCCCGGGACGACCUGAGCGACGCCCCCACACCGAGGGACGACCGCGACGACAAGGACGAAGCCCUUUCCGACGCCGAGGAUCUGGACGACAAGAAUGGUCUGAGUGGACUAGCUGGGCUGAGCAUGGGUGGCAGCGGGGAGGUCACGCCCACACCGCCUCACCCACCUCUUUCUUCUCUAGAGAACCUCCUGGGCAACAUUCAGAACCUCCUGAAGGUGGCGGCGGAGAGCGUCAGGCACGAAGAGAAGCAAUGGAACAGAGAGAAAGAGCAUCUGCGACAGGAAUUUAUGCGCCAGAAGGAGAUGCGGGAGCGGCUGGAGAAGCAGCUGGUGGAGGACGAGAAGGUCAAACUGCUGUACCUGCGGAAGUUGAAGAAGGAGAAGAGGGCCCGACGGCGCGUGGAGGAGGAGCUCACCGAGAAGCUGAAGCGCCUCUCGCAGUACGAGCCGAACGCCAAGGACCUCCUUAGGGCAGCAGCCGAGUCCCUGGCCAAGGAGGGCGUCAAGAACACAACAACAGCAACAGGAGCUACAGGACGUGCGCACCUCACAGAGCGAGGGGCCUCCCGUGUAUUUCAACAAGUCGCUGCUCUUCAACUGCACGGCCUAAACUAUUAACACACAACUCAAGUAGACACGGAUUAACCAAACGCGGAGUAAAAGUGUGGCUGUCUAAACCCGCCAUUCUCGCUGUCUACUGCUGCCUCCCUCCUCCCCCCUCGCAGGCUCGUGGUGGGAGCUGCAGCGUCACUGGGCCAGACGUCAAAUGGACGAUCCUCUGCUGCGACUCCGCCUGGCUGUCGACCUUACGGAGAUGGACGUAUAGUACGUUCUGCCACCGGAUCGGGACAGGAGCGUCAAGGAGUUGAGGAUGUGCGAGGUGCUACGGACGGUCUUCGGUUCAGGUCCCAUGAGAAUCUGAGUCAUGUGAAGACUGAAGCAUAGCAUUCUCUUGCUCCGAAUUAUGGCAGACGCCGCGAAGGUUACAAGGAACUUCAGGGCGAUGAAUAAUUUAGGACGAUAUUCUGUGUAGUGUGUCACGUGGUUUUCGGCCGUGUUGAGCCGGCGGAGAGCGGGUGGAGCGCCGCCGCAAGUCGUGAGGAGCCAGCGCACGACUUCCGACGGUCUGGCCCAACCUGCCAGGAUCUGAAAUCUUUGCUGCCAAUUACGUGUUUUUGUCGUGUCGGAGUUAUGAUACUUCCUUCACGUGUAGACACGAGUAAAUAUUAACAAAAUAUUCCAGAAAAUGAUGUAAUGGACGCCUACAGAUGCGACUAUCAUCAACAAUAAUUUUCUAUAAAAGAAAGAAGUGAAAUCCCGCACCAGUGUGAGGGUCAAGUAUGACGAUGUUGACAGACAGAGGGGGCGACGAACACCGCGGCCGCCCCCCCCUCCUCCCUCGUGGUCCCCGAGGCCACAAUAGGUGUCUUCUAACAACUGUGUUUUAGUUCAUAUCUGAAUUUUGAAGAUUGUCUGUGCUUAAAGGAGUAAUUGGGCAUGUUAAUUCGUUAAAUAGAUGGGGAGAAUAGAUGAACUCUUCCCUUAAUUAAUGGUAGUGUGUUAAGGUAUUCCUACAUUACACUGUCGAAUAAAACAAACAAACAAAGGUAAUCGGACACACCAGACAGGAUCUUAGCUGCUUC